AGAACGGUGGCGGUGGUUGUGCAGUAGCGCUACUGGCGUCAUGUGUCUUAGUAAUGUUUGUGAAUAUGAAUGAUGACUUUGGAGAUCCCAUGUUGGGUUCAGACCAACUAUUGUCGGUUGGCCUUGGUGGGCUACGAAACAUAGGGAAUACAUGCUACAUGAAUGCAGCUUUGCAAGCUUUGUCCAACUGUCCACAUUUGACAGAAUUUCUCCUUGAAUGCCAUGACAUUAUUGAUCCAAAUCGAAGGUCUCCGCUUUUGUCUCAUUAUUGCAGUCUUCUAUCUGAAUUUUGGGGAAAUGAAAGGUAAGUGUUUCUUCACUCAUGGUGAUGCAAUAAUUGUGAAUAUGUACACAUGUAUAUGAACGUUUUCAAAGCCAGGUGUAUACCGGUUAUCUACCAGAUACUUUUGAGUUUGGAUUAUAGCUGUGCGAUCCGAAAUAACUUGAUUGUGUGCAUCUGUUUUGUUAGUCUUCAAAUUUGCGAAAUACUGUUGAGCUUCGUUCAGGUAGAGCUUACUGGUAUGCUAUACUGAAUAUUAUCUGAAAGGAAGCCUGGUUUUCGAUGCUGGCAUGUGCAAGCGAAAAACUUGUCGUUCUCUAACCUUAUCUAUAGGAACGCAUAAUAUUGCCUUGAUACCCACCUUUGUCUGUGGCAACCAUGCCUAGUCUGGGAAUUAGAUCAGGAAAAAAGAAGUCGGAAUGCUGUUGUGCAGCAGCCAAUGAGCCACAAUUAUUUUGUGAGGCCAAACGGAUGGAAGUACCUGGCUGCGCAAAAUAUCGGCGGCGCUGUUUCAAUGCAAACACAAUCUUGGAUGCUUUCUGUAUCAGUCACCCAAUGUUCAGAGGUUACUCACAACACGAUGUUCAAGAGUUCUUGAGACUUUUCCUGGUUCAGCUGCACGAGGAACUAAAGCACUCCAGGUUUUCAAGUCCAGUAAAACGAGGCACGAAGCAAACCGCCCCCAGUUCGUCAGACAACAGCAGUAGCAUAAUCACCGAUGUCUUUCAAGGAAGAUUAGUUAGUUCUGUGCGUUGCCUUUCUUGCAACCGGCUUUCAAAUCGAGAAGAAACGUUCAUGGAUUUAUCUCUUUCCCUUGCCAGACCCUCUGUGCAAACUUGUAAUAUAUCUUCUUCAAUCAAUCAGUCGAAAAAAUCCUCCAUUAUGAAUGGCUCUGUUGUGAAAAAUGGACCUGUGUAUGUUAAAACAUCAGGCGAUGCACAGUACACACAAUCUUCCGGUUCAUCAAGUCCAAAGCAUCUAACUCGCAAUUUAAAAAUGAAGUUUACCUCAUUAUCUUCAUUACCGGGGGUAGAUCGUUUGGUAUCCGGCAUUCCCUGGCUGUUAACUAUGCUCAUAACAGUAACUCAUAUAUUGCUUUCUUAUUUAAAGAGUUUUAUUCCCUCCCCGAAACGGUGGAUAGAUAAAUGGUCUACUCUUACAUUGGAUGACUGUCUAUCUCAUUAUUUUUCUGAGGCAGAACUAGUCGGCGAAAAUCGAUAUUUCUGUGGAAGGUGUAAUAAGCGAUGUAACGGUCUAAAACAGUUUAGACUUGUAGCGUUACCAGAAAUUCUUACUCUUCACUUGAAAAGGUUUAGCAGUAAUCACAUGUACUCUUCCAAACUGUCAUCACCAGUAAAUUUCCCGCUGAAGAGUUUAGAACUUUCACCAUUUCUGCAUCGUGAUUGUAAAGAUAAGAUUACUAUUUAUGAUUUAAUCGGUGUAAUAUGUCAUUACGGUGGUUGUGGGGGCGGUCACUACACAACAUGUGCAUAUAACUCAUCUACUGAAAAUUGGUACGAAUUCAAUGAUGAACACGUUCGAAAAUUAGAUGCUGAACAAAUAGAAACGCUGAAAAGUUCAGCUUAUGUCCUAUUCUAUCGGAAACGUGAUGCACAUUUGGAACCGCUUCGUCAAUCAUGGCAGUUAACUCCAGCUGGUAAAAUGUGUUACGUGAGCAGACCUUGGAUUAUUCGAUUUUGGACAUGGGCGGAACCGGGUCCGAUGACAUCAGAAUUCCUAUGUGAACACAGUUAUUUCCAACCGGAGCUAUGGGAAAUGCGCAACUCAUUAACAUUAUCUAUUCCAGAAAGUGUUUGGUCCAAUCUUCAUGAUGUGUUCGGUGGUCAUGGAAUCAUCCGUGAAUUGAUCCCCUGUACUGACUGCUGUGACGCAAUAUCCAGAAGACAAAAAUAUGAGCUGUCAGAAAUCAUGAAAGUUAGUUCAUCUGUCACUCCAUCACCUACAUCUUAUGCAAUCAGUAAGAAAUGGUUGGAUGUUUGGCUGCGAUUUGUUAGAGGGAAAGCGUGGGAGGCACCGGGUCCUAUAGACAAUGCAGAUAUCCUACCGUGCAAUGCACCACUCCAUCGUUAUCGUAACAGUGGAUCAUUUAAUCAUUCUUCUUCACUUUCACCAACUCCACUAGGUAAUUAUGAAUGUCUAUCAGCAGAAGUUUGGAAUCUGCUAUAUAAUAUAUAUGGUGGAGGUCCUGCUGUACCUGUACGCGUGCCUUCGUAUUUAUCAGUCAGUAAUGUAGAUGAAAAUCUAGUGGAUUCCUCCAAUCAUAGUUCCUCAGAUCAAUUAUCUCAGAAAAGUUUAUCCACUUCUCCUGAAUCUCAGAAUUCUAUACAAAACUAUAGUAAGGAGUUUCCUGUUUUCACCAAUGGUACAAUUCAUGAAGAUACUUCUGGCGGUUCUGGUUGGUCAGAGGACAAGUCAAAUUCCAAUAACUGGCAACUGAUGGAUAACAUUACCUGGGCGACAAACUUGCCUAUGGAUCCUAUCCUACUUAAUGGUAGUGAUGAUACUCAUCUUGAAGUUUCUGAUCGAGGUGAUGGUGGCAAUGAGUUAUCUGACAAAGAAACACAGCCGUCUGUUGAUAAUGAUAAUUCCACUGAAGCGAAACAAUUAAACGGGAUUCAUUAUAUUGUAAAUACAUCAGAAAUAUCAACUAGCACACUACAUAACGGCAACUGUUCUAUCAAUGAUAAACUGGAACCUGAAGUUAUCAAACCAUCUGGAGAUUUCGGUGAUUAUGAUCCAUUACAAUUAUUGAUUCAUAAAAAGGCGGAUGUAGUCAAAUCGUACAAACGGGGUUCGAACAAACGUCGUCGAUUAACACCUACAAAAUAAUUGUAAUUUUCUUGAUUUUUAUUUGUUUGUCACCUUAUUUUUUUGUUAUAUUCAUAAAGCUGUGAUUUUGUUUCUCUACUCUUCAGUUCGAAGUAGUAAUAAUAAUAAUAAUAACUACACGUUUAUGCCGAUGGGGUGAAGUGACAACCAUUUUCAGGUUGUACUUUUCAUAAUGAUUUCGAGUUUUAUCUACUUACCUUUAAUUUUUCUACCUUUAAUGAUUGAUUCUUUAUUGUCUUUCAACUUCUUAGUUGAAAUAUCACCCCACCCCUCUCCGCCUGGCACUCAGAUAGUCAACAGUUGGUUUUCAGUAGAAAUUAUGCAACAUUUAUAGUGUUGCAUAACUAGUUACUUGGGAUAAGAAGUUUCCUUUUUUUAUGAUAGAAAAAAGCAUUUCAGUCAGAUUGUAAUCUAAGUGUAUGUUGAUCAAAGCAUAUCUUCUUUCUUUUCUGUAUAGUUUUUCCUUUUCAUUCAUUUAUUUAGUCGAGUUAUGACUACAAAGAACGUGCUAACGGCAGUUCUUCCUUAGACAAUGUCGAUGUAUAGACCUAUUCCUGUUACAUUGUUGUUUUUUUUUACCACUUUAAGGAAAUUUGCUCCAUAACAAUAAUAAUAAAUAAUUUUAAUGAUAAUUAAUUUUUAAUAUCAAUGCUAUUCAGCAGCAAUACACGAACAAGCAUACACGUACAUUGUCAUUUAUUACAACAAUAUGCUGUCCUGUUUUAUGUAUAAAUUGAGCUAAAGUAUGUUCAUAUUGUUUCAUUUAUAUUUUAUAACCUGUAUAUUGUAUUUAUUUAUUGUAUAUCCAAAUAACUGUAAUUUGUUGUAGGAACCGAUAAGUGUGUACACUCUUAUCAUCUUUUUUUCCCUACAUCUUUCUCGUAUAUUUGUAUAUCGAGCGGUCGAGGGAAAGCGUAGUGUUUUAUUUUGUUAUGAUCACUUGUUUGCUGUUCGCUGCCGCCUCUUCUUACUGAGGUGUUCUUUGCUCGUGUUAUUUUUAUGAGUUCCUACAAUCCAUCCAUUUUUCUUUUCUGACUCGACAAAGUGAAUAUGUUCCUUACCUAAAAAGACCUACUUCAGUAGGUAUGGUUUAUUUUUGUCGCUAAACUGUCAGUUUAUCAACAGAUGUUGUGUUUAUUCUCAUUGUAUUGCAUACUUAUGAGUGUGUUUAAAGAAAUAAUACUGAUAAGAAAUCUGUAUUUCGAGACUGUCAGGAUUAUACUUGAAGAAGAGUUCUUGUGGUUUUUGUUGUUUCUGUAAAAUAAAGUUGAUUCACACUGUUUUCUUU